UUAUUAUAAUUUAAAAAAAUAUAAAAACGGUACAAUUUAAAAGAGAAAGUAAAGAAGCCAAUUGUUUUUUUAGCUGAAAAUGUGAGAUUUUCUUUUCUUUUUUUUCACUUUCAAUUUUAAAUGGCCGACGUUGCAUUCCCCCGCGAAUUUAUGGACUCCGGUCCAUAUAAAAUCCAAGACUAAGUCCAUGUUAUAACAAUUGCUCUACUCUAUAUCCUCGUACAGUUAAACGUCAGGGGCACUGAAGCUUCAAGGAACUGCUGCUUCUAUGUUCCUAAAGCAGCAAAUUCAAAGGAACACAUUUGCAAUAUUUAAUAUCAAAACAUUCUCUACCUUAUGCCAAAACCCGCAUUCUUGCAUUAACUCGUAUAACAUCUCAAAACUCUUGAGCAUUCUGUUCAAAUCCGGUAGAGUCACUGAUGCAGAGAACCUGUUCGAAAAGUUGCCGCAAAAAAACAUUGUUUCAUGGUCUAUUGCAAUCCACGGCUAUGCCAUUAAUGGGUUUCACAAAAAAUCUAUUAAACUGUUUUCGCAAAUGCGAAAUUCGGGUUUAGCUCCCAAUUCUUUCAGUGUUGUUGGAGCUCUUCUUAGCGCUAUAGGCCUAUGUGACUUGAUGCUUGCAAGCUCUAUUCAUGGACUUAUACUUAAAAGGGGUUUAGUUUCUGAUUUCAUUGUGGGUACUGCAAUGUUAGAUGCUUACGCAAAAUGUGGAAAUGCAUUGGAGUCUUAUAAAGUGUUCAAAGAACUGAACAACGCAGGUCUGAUUACAUGUAAUGCAACUCUUGCUGGGUUGAUAGCUAAUGGCCUUUGCAUAGAGGGUUUUAUGCUUUUUAAGGAAUUUAGAAAAUUUGGUUUAGUGCCUAAUGUAGCUACGGUCUUAACUCUGAUUAAGGGUUGUGUUGCUUUAGAGAUAAAGAUGCUAUGUGAAUCUGUUUAUGGUUUAAUUUUUAAGUUUGGUCUCUCUUCUGAUGUAAAUGUAAAUAAUUCAGUUGUUAACAUGUACUCACGGUUUCAAGAUUUGAAUGCUGCUGCUAAGGUUUUUGAUGAGAUGAAAUUUAAAGAUGUUAUUAGUUGGACAACAAUGAUGGCUGUCUUGGUUGACCUUGAAUGUGCUUCUGAUGCUUUAGUGCUGCUUUCAAAGAUGAAAGAUAGUAUGCUCGAUCUUGAUUCAGUAGUUUUAAUGCAUCUAAUUUCAGCUUGUGCAAUUCUAGGAGAUUUGGGGAAGGGAAGACAAUGCCAUGCUCAAGCUGUUAUUCGUGGAUUUAAAUCAGAGCUUCCUCUUGUGAAUUCCAUAAUUGCGAUGUAUUCAAAGUGUGGUGAUUUGCGCUUUUCAAGAAUUGUGUUUGAUCAAACAACUGAGAAGAGUUUAGUUUCAUGGACAGCAAUGGUUUCAGGAUGUGUACAGAAUGGAUGCUCAAGGGAGGCAUUAGACCUUGCAAUUAAGGCAAGGCUAGAAGAAAACUAUUCCUUCGAUUCAGUUAUGUUGGUUAAUGCUUUAACAGCUUCAAGUGAGCUAGUAGAUAAAGAGUUUUGCCAGCAGCUCCAUUGCUAUAUUCUUGAAACUGGGUUCUCUCAGUAUAGAUUAGUUCAGAAUAGUCUCAUAUCAGCAUACUCAAAAUGUGGGAAUAUUGAUCUGGCUCACAUUGUGUUUAAGGAGAUGGAUUCUCUUCAGAAUGUAGUCUCUUGGAAUGCAAUUAUAAAUGGCUAUGGGAUCAAUGGCCAUGGGGAAGUUGCUUUGGCUCUCUACCAUGAGAUGAGGAAGGGUGGGGAAGAUCCUGAUAGUGCAACAUACUCGUGCAUUUUAAGCGCUUGUAGUCAUGCAGGAUUAAUAAGGGAUGGUUUGAUGAUCUUUAAUAGGAUGGUGAAGGAUAAUAAAAUAAGACCAAGCCAACAACAUUAUGGCUGUGUUAUUGACUUGCUGAUGCGAGCAGGCUGUUUAUCUGACACAAAUGAUUGGAAAUUUUUGGAAGAUACAUGUCCAAAUGUUUGGAAGGCUUUGCUUAGUGGAUGCGCUCUCCACGGCAAUGUGGAGUUGGCCGAACUUGCUGCAAAAUACUUACUUGAGAAAAACCCAGGAGAAUCAGUAGUGCUUGUGCUCCUCUCAAAUGUUUAUGUAUCAGUUGGGAGGUUUCAAGAUGCAGAAUCUUUGAGAUUGACCAAGGGAUUCGUUAAGAAUCCAGGGAUCAGCUAUCUUUGUGGGACUUCAUAUGAUUGCGGUUGAGGAAUUCAUCCUUUUAAGAUGAAUAAAAGAAAAGGUUAUUAGUUUUGUUCUCCUGGGCAUCUAUUAAAGCAAAAGGACCUACCAUUCUGAAGUUUAGCUGUUUUCUUGAUGGAGUUUCAUGAAUUAUAAUCAUUUUGAUAUUCAAUUAAAAACACUAAGAGAAAGCUGUAUGGAUAUGACACAGAUGGAGGGUUUCUGGCUUCACAAUGCUUGCAGGAAGGGUGUCUCAUCACAUCAGAUUGGGUGGAUUCCAGGUUCUUGGUGCUGCCAGAACAUGCCCAGGUCGAUGAUUUGCAGCAUUUGAAAUCAAGCACCUUUCGGAACCCCCAUCACAAAAGGUACCACGCUGCCAGCUUUUGCGUAAUCCAAAGUUUGACAAGCCUUUGCACAAUUGCAUCCAUCGCUUCCAGAAAACCUUGCCGUUUGGCAUCAGAUGCUAUCUUGUUCUCUUCUCCUUCAUUCUCUUGCUAUGUGUAUACAUGUAGUGUGCUUCUCAGCAUUGUAAGAUUUUUGACAUACUAUUUGAAUUAUUAAGGAAAAUGAAAGUUUGAAAGACUAAUAAUAACAAAUUGAAACGUUCUGAGA